AUGGCAGGCGGCGUGAAAAAACCUGUCAACAUCUUCCGCCUUGGGGACCUUGGGGAACCAAAAGGGGUCUUCAAUUGGCGCCUGUGGUUUGCUGUGGUGUCCUUUGGUCUUCUCGGUGCUGCUCGUGGUAUUGAUGAGGGUCUCAUCUCCGGGGCUUUCAACUCGCCUGAUUUCCAGUCAACUAUUCACUACAAGUCCUUCUCUGCUGUCGAGCAAGCCAACAUCAAGGCCAAUGUUUCGGCCAUGGUGCAAAUUGGUUCCGUCGCUGGUGCUUUGCUUGCUUUCCUUGUGUGCGACCGCAUCGGCCGCAUCAUGGCCACUCGGUUCCUUUGUGUCCUCUGGGUCGUCGGCAUCAUCAUCUUCAUGGUCGGAGGUGUCAAUGGCAAUCUUGGCGCCAUCUAUGCGGGGAGAUUUAUUGCAGGCCUUGGCGUGGGACAGACCCCUGUCGUGGGCCCUAUUUAUAUUGCCGAAGUCGCGCCCGCUUCCAUUCGAGGCCUUUGCACAUGUUUCUUCACUGGUGCUGUUUACCUCGGCAUCGUCCUGGCAUACUUCACCAACUAUGGCUGUAGGCUCAACAUUGCCAACACUAGCCACAACCAGUGGCUCGUCCCCACAAGCUUGCACAUCACCAUGGCCGGCAUCAUUUUCGUCUUGACCUUUAUCCAGUACGAAUCUCCCCGGUUCCUCGUCAAACAGGGCAAGAAUGAGAGGGCUACUCAUGUCAUGGCUCGUUUGCGCAAGCAGGCACCCGACAGCGAAUACGUUACGCGCGAAAUCGCAAAUAUUCAAGCCGCCUUGGACCAUGAGCUCGAAGCCGCAAGAGGGGUUGGUUGGGCUGGCAAGCUCAAGGAGAUGUUCCUUGACAAGAGCAACCUCUACCGUGUAUACCUUGCCACCAUGGUCCAGUUGCUGUCUCAAUGGUCCGGCGCUGGCUCCAUCACUCUCUACGCUCCAGAUCUGUUCGAGAUUCUCGGCAUUACCGGUAGUGAAGAGGGCCUUCUUGUCACUGCUGUCUUUGGUAUCGUGAAGUUUAUUUCAGCAGUAGUCUGUGCCCUCUUCCUGGUGGAUGUGAUUGGCCGAAAGCGUGCGCUGCUCACAGGCAUCACCCUGCAAGCUAUUUCCAUGAUCUAUGUCGCUGGUUUCUUGACGGCUGUUCCUGAGCUUGGCACUGUUAAACACUUCGUCCUGCCUGCCUCCCAGGUCCCCGCCAGCCGUGGAGCCAUUGCUAUGAUUUACGUCUCGGGCUGCGGAUGGGCUCUUGGAUGGAACUCGAUGCAGUACUUGCUGACUGCAGAGUUGUUCCCCCUGAGAAUUCGUGCUCUGGCUACCUCCUGGGCCAUGACCCUCCACUUCGCCAACCAGUACGGCAACUCUCGCGCUGUCCCCAAUAUGCUGCUUCCUACUUCUGACGGUGGCAUCUCACCCAUGGGCACUUUCUGGUGCUUUGCGGCAGUCACUAUUCUGGGAGGCGUCUGGGUCUGGUUCUCUGUUCCCGAGACCAGCGGUCGCAGCCUCGAGAGCAUGGAUCGCCUGUUCGAUCUCCCCUGGUAUAAGAUUGGUCUGCAUGGUAACCGGGAUGCGGAACAACAGGACAUGGCUUAUAAUGAGAAGCAGCGCAUUGCAGGCGAGACCCACGGUGCUGGACAGCACAUUGAGGAGAGGAAGACCAUUGCGUAG